AUGCCUUCAACAUUCUCGUUAUCAUCGUGUGACUGGAUCGGGUUUGAUCUCGAUCAUACUCUCAUUCGCUACCGUUUAUUUCCACUCCACACGUUAAUCUACGAAUCAAUUCGUCAAUAUUUAGUCGAUUUUCAUCAGUACAAUCACUCUCUACUUCAAAUUCCAUACGAUGAUCACUUCGCUGUUAAAGCUUUGAUCUACGACAGUUUAUAUGGAAAUUUGAUUCAAUUGGACUCUCAAGGAUUAGUUCACACAGCAUUACAUGGCGUGCAUAAACGUUUAUCAUCGAAAGAGAUCCAAGAAAUCUAUCCACAUGCUCUAGAAGAGAUUGAAGAAGACACAACGAAACGAUUCUUAUGCAUUUACACAUACUUUGAACAUAGUACAUCGUAUUUAAUUGCAAAUCUUGUGGAUUUGGUUGAUCACGAAAAGGCGAGUGAUUCGGAGAAUAAAUAUAGCUUCUUUUUGAAAGAUAUUGCCGAUGGUUUCGAGUAUUUAUUCAAUGAUUUCAAUCGUGGAAAUUAUUUUGCAGCAAUACGAGCGAAUCCAGAAAAGUUUAUCUAUCAACGUUCGGACGUUCGACAAUGGUUGGAAAGACUCCGUGAAAACAAGAAAAACUUAUUCUUAGCUACCAAUUCGCGAUUUGAUUAUACAAACUUACUAUCAAGUUAUGCAUUUGGUCAAGAUUGGCAAAGUCUAUUCGACAUGAUUAUCGUUGAUUGCAAAAAACCAUCGUUUUUUUCCCAAUCACCGAAACGAGUCUUUCAUCGAAUGAUCAAUGAGAACACGUUCGUUCCGAUGACCAACGACGAAAUCGUCGAAAACUUUCGUCAGAAUUAUAUUUACACAAUGGGUAAUAGUGAAGAUUUACAGAUCAUCAUGAAUCGGAUUAGUGGAAAAGAAGCGACUGUGAUUUACUUCGGUGACCAUAUCAAAUCGGAUAUUAAAGCAUUGAAAUCUCACACGAAUUGGUUCGCUGGAGUUGUGGUUGAAGAAUUAGAAUUCGACGUUCCGCCCACAGUUGUUCAUACGAAAGCUCAUCGAUUAGCAGCGAAAAAUGAUUUGUACAUGAAAGGAAAUCGAUCGAAAUAUUUCGCAAGUUUUUUCACUUCACCUAUGGAAUCGAUGGAUUUCAGUAAUGAAGAUUCGAGCGAAACACAAACAAAACCUGAUGCAGUUUUACCUGCUCUAUCUUCUUACUGGUACACUUAUAUCACCAAACACGCGCAUUUAAGUUUGAGUUGCUUAAGUGUCUUAGCGAAUGAGUUCGAUUUAAGUCACGAAUUUCAAUCGAAUGAUGAAACGAAACAUUUCGUUCUUCUGCAUUAA